UACAGGGUCAGUGGGCGGUCAAUUGCGCAUAUCUGUUUCUCAACUGCUCCGAAAUACUUUCGUUUUAGUUUAGCGCGUUAAGCUAAGUCGAGCGGCGUAAACAUGAGGCUUCUCGCAUUUUUGCUAACCCUGGCUGCUGUUUGCUUGGAAGUGGGCUCCAAGUUCAGUCAGCCAAAAGUUCAGGUCUACACCUACAACCCAGCAAAGUUUGGGGAGCAAAACACAGUGAUCUGUCACGUGAGCGAAUUCCACCCCCCUGACAUCCACAUUAAGUUGUUCAAGAAUGGAGAGGAGAUCGACGAGGCCGUUCUGACAGAUCUGAGCUUCAAGAAGAACUGGCACUUCCACCUGACCAAGCACGUUGAGACUACGCUUGUGCGAGGAGACAAGUUCAUGUGUAAAGUUCUUCACGCCACAUAUUCUGGAAAAGACUUUGACUGGGAGGCUAACAUGUAAGAGGAUGUCCAGUGAUCAGAGAAGGAAGAGAGAUGCAUCAUCCAGAUGAAAUAACACAGGGAUUUUACCUUUUAGUUGUACACAUAUUCUAUGACUCGGUGACUGUAGUAGGACCUAUAAUGGUCUUUACUUGUUUGUCUUCCACUAUUUAAAUCACACCUUUGAUUAUUUUUAGGUAACUAUCACUUUUUCUCUGUAAAAAAAGUUCUGGGUCUAAUAGUACGUUCCAUUAGCCUUUAAAGUUGGAGGUCGGAGCUCGGAAUGACGGCACAACCAAGUUAGAAACGUUCCACUGCAACCACGAGUGAUGUGCCGUUGAUACUGAAAUAUCAAUACCAAUAUCGAUCCUAAAAUGUAAAUAUCAAUACUUUAAAAGUUUGACAGCAUGUAUUUAAUUUACAGAAAAAAAAUGUAAGGAAACUAAAUCAUUGAAAUGUUCACUAAAUGAAACGCAAUUGGUGGGAAAUACUUUUUUUCCCGCCAGCUGCACACUGUACUGUAUGAGUUUGAGUUUAUUUCGAACAUGCAAGCAUACAACAUGAUACAUCACAUUUUCCAGUUUCUCUUUUCAACAUGUUCGAAAAGGAGUAAGAAGAAGCAGAGCUUAUUUAAUCCUACCCCUUUUCUUUUACAUAACAGUUGCUAAAGCUUUUGUUCACUUCCUGUUCUCAAUGUAUUCACUCCAUAAGUAAUAAGUAAUCACAAUAAAAAUAAAUAAAUAAUU